UCUGAUUUGAAUGGUUUACCAAUAUCAACUCUGUCCCAUUUUCUGUAUUCGUGCGAUAAGAGUUUCAAAAUGGCUGCUUUACAUACCGAUUAACCAAACCAAACGGCUAUUCUACUUUGAUUCAUACUGUUAGACUUCAGCAAUUAAGCAAGUCUCUUUUCAACAAUCUCAGCUUUAUUUUAUUUAAAUUAGUAGUUUUUUUUUUGCCAAAAAAAAAAAACAAGUUUCUUUUUCUGCACUUUCCUUCAUUUUCUUUUUGUCUUGUUUGGCCUUUUACUGGGUCUAGAUUUCUCAUUUGUUUUUCAUUUUUCCACUUUCUUCUUCUUCUUGUUCGCUUGAGUUGAUAGAGAGAGAAAUAUUUUGUCUCGAGAGACAAAGAGAGAGUCAAGAGUUUUAGGUGAAGAAAAAGAGCAGAGAGAGAGAGAGAGAGAGAGAGAGAGAGGGAGACUGAGAUUCCACAAUCAGUUAUUUAUUGUCAGGUAACCAACUUGCCUUUUUCAAUGGCCUUUCCAAGAAGAAUCCUUUAAUGGGUAUCCAUUUAUUUGUGGAAUUUCAUUGAAAUUAUUUCGAGAUGUUAGGCCAAAAAGAUAGUGACCGCCUUGCCGGUGGCAUUCCCCGGAAAUCCUAUUUACGGUCAGUUUCGUGGUCUGACCGGUCUCCCACUAAGCCUAACCCCAGGCCCCAGACCAAUAGCAAGGCUAGGUCUUGUUUGCCACCCCUUCAGCCCCUUUCCAUCACCCGUCGCUCUGUUGAGGAGUGGCCCAAGGCAGGUUCUGAUGAUCUUGGGGUAUGGCCUAAUCCCCAAACUCCUAGAGGGCCUGUUAUUAAACCCCCUGAGAAUUCUAAUUUAGAGCAACCUGUGAGGGAAUUUCAGUUUAAGAAGGACAAGCUUGCAUUUUUUGAUAAGGAGUGUUCAAGGAUUGCUGAUCAUAUUUAUUUAGGAAGUGAGGCUGUGGCUAAGAAUCGUGAAAUUUUGCGCCAAAAUGGGAUUACCCAUGUGUUGAAUUGUGUUGGGUUUGUUUGUCCUGAGUAUUUCAAGAGUGAUCUUGUUUACAAGACGCUUUGGUUGCAAGAUAGCCCAUCAGAGGAUAUCACCAGCAUUCUAUAUGAUGUCUUUGAUUACUUCGAAGAUGUCAGAGAACAAGGUGGAAGGGUGCUUGUUCAUUGUUGUCAAGGUGUUUCAAGGUCCACUUCUUUGGUCAUUGCCUACCUUAUGUGGAGGGAAGGCCAAAGCUUUGAAGAUGCCUUUCAAUAUGUCAAGGCAGCUAGAGGAGUGACAAACCCUAAUAUGGGUUUUGCUUGUCAACUUCUGCAGUGCCAGAAGCGGGUACAUGCUGUUCCAGCUAGCCCCAAUUCUGUGCUCAGGAUAUAUAGAAUAGCCCCACACUCAUCAUAUGAUCCUCUGCAUCUUGUGCCAAAAUUGUUGAGCCAGCCAGAUGUAAGAGGACUUGACUCGCGCGGUGCAUUUAUUGUUCAUGUUCCUAAUGCUAUAUUUGUUUGGACUGGUAAGAAUUGCAACUCAGUUAUGUCAAACCAAGCAAAACUAGCUGCUAAUCAGGUCAUUCGGUAUGAAAGGGCUCGGGGUCCAAUUGUGAUCAUCAAAGAAGGGGAAGAACCCUCAGAAUUUUGGGAUGCUCUUGCCAACGGACAAAACGAACCAAAUGUUUCCCAAAAAGUAGAAGCUCAGCCUUUUGGGAACAACGGCAUGGUUAUGGCUAGGAAGGUUGAUGACUAUGAUUUAGAUUUUGAACUUUUCCAUAAGGCACUUGCUGGUGGGGUUGUUCCACCAUUUUCAGUGUCAAAUGCUGGAUCAGAAACUUGCCUUCCUGCUCGGGAAAAUGGAUGGGGCAAACUAAGGCAAAAGUUUGCUAAUGGUAUAAUCAAAGAAUUUCUCACAUAUUCUAAACUGAAACACGACCAUGUUCCUUCCACUGGCGGAUCAGAUAUGAUUGUAGAUACUUAUGGAGAAGGUGAACAGACUGUUUCCUUGGUCGAUCAUCCAUUACCACCAUCACCAUCAGCCUCUCAAUGUGGUUCUCCAGAUUCCUUUGAUUGUUUACCUAAUAGAAGCCUGGAUAAGAUAGUGGAUUCUAGUGAAACAGAACCCUCUGUUCCUCUCACUGAUCCUUUAAUCCCACCAUCCACUCCAAGUGGUUCUCCAGAUUCUUUUUCAUGUUUUCUUGAGAGCAGCCCAAAGUUCAGUUACAAGUCCCCUACGCUGUCGCCUUCAACAUCUGACUACUCAUCUAGUUCAUUUGCCUUUUCACCCUCGUCGUCUAAUUGGUCUGACUUAUCAUACUUGUCUUCUCGGCAGCCUUCACCUUCUGGCUUGGAAGCCACAGAUCAAUUUUAUGGCAAGAAUGCUCCCUUGGCAGAUAAUUUUUGUUUAUCUUGCAAAGAAAUUUCUUCCUCACCUGCAAAGGUUUUUUCUGAUAAUCGUGCCUUAAGAUCAGAAAAUACUUGUUUGCCACCCAAAGGGCCUUCGCCUUCUAUUGCAGAGCGCAGAGGGAGUAAUCCUCCUCCUCUGAUGCUGUUACCCACCAUUGAUGAACCACGUCAAGUCCCUAAAGUUCUGGCAAGAUCCUGGUCUUUUUCUCUGCCAGACCUGGAUAAUGACAUGAUGAAGGAUAUUCACAAUGAGUUUUUAGAACUUGGAAAUAGUAGAGAAGAACUAAUGUUGGAUGCUAAUAUCAGUAGUGCUGGCAAUAGUUCACUACAUGAGUUUGAAAAGAGAAAAGAAUGCAAUAGUUCUCAUCUUCCCUUGUGCGACAAGAUAGGGGAAGCUGCAGAAAUUACCACUCCGGUUUUAUACCAGUGGCCUAACAUGAACAAAGUGAAUAUGCACUGCUUUCACAUUCUUGAUUCUGUAUCAGUGUAUAUUUUGUUGGCACCAGAUUUAAGUUUGUCCUCUAAUAAUGGAAUCCUAUAUGUGUGGUUGGGGCAAGAAUUUUUAUGUGAAGAAAGGCAAAAUGAAUUGACAAGCAGCACUGUCGCUUGCCAGAGUAAUCAUCUAGACUGGGUGGAGAUUGGUCGCAACUUCCUCAAGCAAAUAAAUUUCCCUGCAAGUACCCCUGUGCAUAUUGUCAAAGAAGGUGAGGAGCCAGAACAAUUCUUGAACCUUCUCAAUGGCUUCUCAUUUCAAAUGGUGGAAGACUGCAGCUAGAAACCUUGUUUGCAUCUGAGAAAGAUAAAGUUUGGUUCUUUAUUUUUUAAAGCACUCUGAUGCAACGUUGGAAUGAACCAGUUUCAACCUAGUGAAGGUGAGUAAGCAUCCCAGGCAGAAUAAGUGAUUGUUUGUCUGCUUGUGUGAUGUAAGUGAGAGGAUUUAUUUUACCAUUCAACCAAUCAUGUACAGAAAACAAGCGUACUGUACACUAAAAGGAAUUACAAGUAAAUAAAAUAUCAGUUGGAAUUAAACUUCCUUCCAAUUUUCACCUUAGUGGUAAAGAAUUUUCAGGAGGUAGUACAUAUAUAAUUAUAUAUACAGUUGAUUGUGUAUCCGUCAAAUGACUUGUAGUGUUUUCUUUAUUUCAGUGCACGAUGUGUAUGUUUUCCAUUUUCUUUUUUCUCCAGUGAUGAUGGUGAGAGGGUUAGGUGGACUUAGGGGAUAAUGCUUCAUAGACAUGACUGCCAGACAACUUCUUGACUGCAUAUGCACUCAGGUUUACUGUGGUCUCACUAGCCGAUUGAGGUCACCACCGUUGGUUAGCAGGUGAAACCGACCGGUGGUGUUUGAUCUAGCAAAUUGCUGUGAUGCAUAAAUUUGACUUAAUGUUUGAGGCCAGAAGUCACAUUAGGACUUUGAAAAUACUUGGCCUGUAUACUUCAUUGGUUCUUUUCCAGCUUUGCCUUCUAAAUGAAUCCGUUGAAGUCACUGUUUUGAAUGCA